AUGGACGCUGAACUGAGAUCUCGCACGCAAGAGGAGAGACUACAACGAGAACUCGAAGUGAAAAUUUCUAUUUUAGAUAAGCAGAAAAGAGUUGUGUUCGAAGGACUAAACAGAGAACAACAAAAAUGGCGGCGGCAUUUCCUUCGUUAUCAACUGCAGCUGGAGAUGAACGCCGCCAGUAAACUUGGCGAUAUUAAAGGGCAAGAACUCUUCCACCAAUUGUCGAAACUUUCACGAAAUAUUUCUCAAAAAGCUGAACAUGAAAUUGUGGCAUUUUUGAAAAAAAUGCGCGGAGCUGACGGGACGCAACGAUUGAGGCGUUUGCGAGGAUUUAAAUUUGAUAAUAACUCCUUAAUUAAUAAAAAAGCUGGGUCUCGUUCAUUACAACCAUUAUUAUCUGUGCUGAACUGGACUGAAGCCGAUCAAAAUGGAGGCAAGAACAAAUAUCUUCGCUCAAAUAUUGGGAAUAAUUUGAACUGGACUGUCCCAAGUCAACCUGAAUCAGAUGAUUACGUCAAUACAUGCGUCAAUCAAACUCAUGUGACAUUGAGCGUCUGUGAAUUUGGAGAAUUUAAUAAUAUUCCAAUGAAUUUAUUGACAUCGAAGAACGAUGCUUCUAAGGAAAAGCAAUUACCACCAGCCGACUUUUUACCAGCUGCAAAAGCUGAACACGCUCUUCAGAUCCUCACUCCACCUUUGAUUCAUCCUUCCUCGUCUCAGUCAACGAUACCGCACCCUUUACCACUUCUGCUUUCAACCCAAUCCCGUUUGACUCAUUCAGUACCCCAGAAUAACAUUGUGCUUGCAACACAAGAAUUUCGAAAAAUCCGCUCGCGUGACUAUCCUCACCAACCCGAUUACAGAACCGGAAAUUAG